AUUUUGAGUUUUGCUGACGCCACUUGGUUCCUUUUGCUCAUGGUAGUUACCACUGACAUACCGCGAUACAAAGUAAAAAACUGGGUCCAUCACCCUCCCGAUUUUUAUGAAAAUAUUUGAAUACUUUUAUUCAUCUUUUUCGCUUUGCGUUUUGUAACGACAAGAGAAAAUGCCUUUUUGCUGCGCUUUUGGGUGCCACAAUUCUUUUACGAAGGAAAAAAACCUUUCUUCUCACCGGUAAGAAUCCGCAAUUUUUUUUAAAGUUUAAUUUGUGGUUUAGAAAAAGGUUUAAAAUACAUAUACUUUUUCCAUAAAUUUUUACAACCAUAGAUGGCGUCAUACAUUUUUAAUUUUUUUACAUUCAGUAUUUAAUUCAAACUUUCAUUGUUAAUUUCAUUGUUGUUUAUUAGUUUAUAUAUUGUAGUAAUUUCAACAUAAUUCAACAUAAAAAAAAAUUCUAACAAAACUGAAACAAGUAGUGCUUAAAAACCCAUUUUGAAACUUUUAGGUUUCCUGAUCCGGAAAAAAAUCCUGAGUUGUACGACGUUUGGGUGGAGAAUAUGAACAGGGAUGCAGCAGUAAAGUUUAUUCCGACGAAGGGAAGUCUUCUCUGCUCGGAGCAUUUCAGAGCGGACAUGUUACAAAUGACGGGACAGAAAAUGAUGCUGCUGCCAGAUGCCGUGCCUACGAUAUUUCAGAAAUCUCAGGUAAAACAAAAUGAGGAACUUGUAGAGGUUGCAUUGAAGGAUAUAUUAGGCAACAAUAAUUUGGAACAAGGAUGUAGUACUGGUACAUCACUGCAGAGAGUCACAAGUGGGUUGGUUGACAAAGAUUGUGUAAGUAUGAGAGAGGAAGCUGAACCUAUGGUAAGUAAUUGCAGUGGUAGUGUAACUGAUAAUGUAGUUAUACAGGGUAUCACUGAAGAUGAAAACUCUAGUAGUUUAAGUGUACAGGGUGUAAAUGAACAGGUUACUAUUGGGAGAAAGAGAAAGCUCUCAGAUAAAGAUGUGGUUAUUAAUGGGGUAAGUACUCCAAAAAGAAUACACAUGAGUCAUGUGAAUCAUGAUCACACUUACCAUAUCAGUAAAUCCCCUCGUAGAAUGAAGAAACAUGUAGAUAAUCUUGUAAACAACUUGACUAAUCUGCAGAACAAGUUUAAGGCGUCAAAGCAAAAGACAAGAAGGCUAAAGAGAAAGGUUAGCACUUUGGAGUCAGUGGUAAGUGAACUGAGACAGAGUAAUCUCAUAAAUAGUGAUUGCGCUGCGAUUUUGGAAACAACCUUUUCCGGAGUUCCAAAGGAACUGAUGAAGAGGUUAAUGUCGCAAAAGAAAAACAAAAAUCCUGGGGCGUAUCCACCCGAGCUAAGGUCAUUUGCUCUAACCUUAAAGUUUUACUCCACGAAGGCGUAUAAUUAUGUUCGGAAAGUUUUCAGCUCGGGCUGCCACACGUAUCUGUGA